AGAGAGGGAGAAAGGCAGACUUUGGACCCACUUCACUCACUCUUCUCCUCUCCCGGGUGUCCCAGACAAGCCUCCUGUCUACCUGCACUGCCAGGCUCUUCAGUCCCCACCAUGAAUAUCCAGUUUGCCCCUACCGACCUGCCCCUAAGCAGAAGACUGCAGACGGCCUCGGUGCUACAGUGGGUCUUCUCCUUUCUGGGCCUGGCUCCAAGCUGCAUCGUGCUGUUCUUUGUGUUGAUGUUCACUCGGUUCUGGCUGGUCAGCGUGUUGUACGCCUGCUGGUGGUUCAUCGACUGGGAAACACCAUCCAAGGGGGGCAACAGGGUUCACUUCCUCUCCAAUCUACGUGUCUGGGACUACAUGAGGGACUACUUCCCUGUAAAGCUGGUGAAGACAGUGGACUUGGACCCCAGGCAGAACUACAUCCUUGGUUUCCAUCCCCAUGGGAUCCUGGUGGCUGGAGCCUUCACUAACUUCUGCACGUAUGCUACAGGCUUCAGGAAACUCUUCCCUGGCCUGGACAGCUUUCUGCUGAUGCUACCUCUCUGGUUCAGAGCCCCCUUCUUCAGAGACUACAUCAUGAUGGCAGGUCUGAUUCCCUCGGACAAGGAGAGUGCCAGCUAUCUGUUACGUCGACAGGGAGGUGGGAAUGCCGUUGUUAUAGCGGUAGGAGGAGCCCCCGAGGCCCUUGACGCACGCCCUGGCGCCUUCACCAUUCUCUUAGCCAAUAAGAAGGGCUUCAUCAAACUGGCAAUGGAACAUGGUGCCCAUCUGGUGCCGGUCUUCUCCUUCGGGGAGAAUGAGUUGUUCGACCAGGUGGAAAACUCUCGAGGCACCUGGAUCCGCUUGAUUCAGGACAAGCUGCAGAGCUUCAUGGGUAUCUCUCUGCCCCUCUUCCACGCACGGGGCAUUUUCCAGUACAGCUAUGGUAUCAUGCCCUACAGGAAGCCCAUCAACACUGUGGUGGGACGGCCAAUCAGAGUGGAGAAGAAUGAGAAGCCCACAGUGGAGGAGCUUGACGCCCUCCAUCAGCUCUACACAGAAGAACUCAGCCAGCUGUUUGAGGAGCACAAGGGCAAGUAUGGAGUGCCAGAGGACCAACACCUCAGCUUUGUCUGAGCAGGACUCACAACCAGGAGAGUGAGAGUGAGAGAGAGAGAGAGAGAGAGAGAGAGAGAGGGGAAGGGGGAGAGCAUCAAAACCGUAAUUGGAGUUGCACCACCAAGUCCUUUCACUUUCCUCAACCAGAAAAACCUUUACAGCUAUAACCACCUGAAGGAUCCAGACCAAACUACAGGAGACAAGUAACACGAGGAAUUGAUAUGGACAUUCUUAGCCACGAUAUGGACAAAAUCUUUCCCGUCACAAAAAGCACUGUAUUAUGUAUGUCAACUAGAUUCAGCCACGGGCCUAUUUUUUCUUGAGUGGAGGGUCGGGGGACCGGAACAUAAUUGCAAAUCAUUUGGAGACUGCAAAUUGACCGCAAGAAGCCCAAACAGAUAUAAUGUUUGACGAAAACUUGCUUACAUUUGUAUAUGACCAAAUGUCUCUCUAUUAUGCGUGAGAAUACUUGGGAACAGAUUUCUCAAAUGAAAAUCAUUUGGAGCUCCUGGUGUUUUUACAAUCUAUUAUGUCCAACAAUGAAAAAAUAAAAACAUUGUAUUUUCUUUGCUCAGAAAACUUGGGGUGCAAAUAAAACCACCUAUGAGCCAAAUUCGGCCCUCGGGCCGCCAGUUGGAGAACCCUCUCCUAGAGCCACAUUUUUGCCUUAAUCCACAGAUGAAGUGACAUCUGUCUGGGUGAUUCGAGACUUGUAUAAGUCUGUAGAUCCUAUCAAAUAAAAGUCAGAGGUUGAAUGGAGAUUUCAUGUAAUGGGGUGAUGCACUGUAUCCUCACUUACAGUAUAUAAGGCCUCUAGGUCUCCUAUAUCAAAAACACACUAGGAAAAACUGGGAAUAAUUCUCAUUUUACUCACUGUUUUUACAUAAUAAUACUAUAUCUGGUUAAUAAGUUUCCAUUUACAGUAUAUAUUUAAAUUCCCAAUUUAUUAAUUUUAAAUGUCUCUGUCUUAAUGUCUCUGUCAUGUAUACAUUUUUCACAAUAUUGUAAUAUAAAAUCUGUUAAAAUAACUGAUACUAUUUUUCUCAAUUGCAUUGUUUUUAUUAUAAUACCAGUUAAUUUAUUUUAAUAAAGGUGAUUUCAGUUCUCA